AUGCAGCCACCGAUCCACUCAACCACCACUCCAGGAAGUGUGGAGCAGAGCGCACAAAUCGUCGCAUAUCAGCAUAUCAUUGAUACUGGAAGUGUUCUUUGUUCGACUGGCACUUUGGCCUCCCAAAAGAAGCCCACGGCAGCAGAGUUGAUCCUCGGCCUACGCAAUGGCCCUGAAUCUUUUGCCAUGGGUGGCGCGGGAUGAAGGGGCUUGGCUACGGGAGCAGCCGCGAUAGCCAGGGCGUUCGGGGACACGGCCGCCAGCUUAGCAGAAGCAGAAGCCAGCGAUGCGAUGACGAGAGGAAAAAAGGGCGCUACGUCAUCUCAGUGAGUGCCUGCACAGAUAGCCAAGAGUCAGAAGAGGAGGAAUACAGUACUUCAUACUCCUCCGACACCUCGGUGGUGGAAGCUGAGCAGAAGAGCAAUGGCCCACGCUUGGACAAGGAUGAAGUUCAGCACUUCAGGUGGGCUUCUGGUUUGGCCAUGAACCACCGCUACACUGUGCUAGAUCUGCUUGGUGACGGCACGUUUGGCCGUGUGCUUCUAGCUGAAGAUCAAAGGAAGAAGCGACAGGUUGCUAUAAAGAUCAUUCGCAAUGUCCAGAAGUACACCCGCAAUGCUAUGCGGGAAGCUGAGAUCUUGAAGGACAUUCGAAAAGCAGAAUCUGGGAAAUCUAGCGGUUGCGUUCGGCUACAUGAGACCUUCUUCCAUGAAGCGAAUGGAGAACGACUCUUUUGCAUUGUUUGUGAGGCUCUUGGCAUGUCUUUGUAUGACCUCCUGAAGAAGAACCGCUAUCGUGGUUUGUGGGUGCAGGACAUUCAGAGCGUGGCUCAGCAAUGCCUCAAUUCUCUACGCUUCCUUCACGCAGACAUGAAUUUAACUCACACUGACCUCAAACUUGAAAAUGUUCUUUUUCAGUCAUCUGAGUCUCCACAGCCUUCUUCCUUUCCUCGAGAGGCAGCGUGGCUAGCGUCCAAGUCAACUUCCUCACGCCCUAGUGCUGAAUAUGUCCGGCCUGUGUCAACCGAAAUCAAACUCAUCGACUUUGGCAAUGCAACCUAUGAGUUGGAGCAUCACUCUGUAAUCAUCAACACUAGGCAAUACCGAGCACCAGAGGUCAUUCUAUCCUUGGGUUGGAAUGAGCUUUCCGAUUUGUGGUCUGUGGGCUGCAUCGUGAUGGAGCUCUACACCGGUGAACUCCUGUUUCGAACGCAUGAGAGCCUUGAGCACUUGGCCAUGAUGGAGCGAAGCAUCGAGAGAUUUCCACAAGCUUUGCUUGAAAGAGCUGGGCAGCGACCUGAUGGGCGCUUUGUCACACAGGACAAAAUGGCGUCAUGGAAGUUGCGUUCGCCUGAUGCCGAGUCCGCCAGCAAGGUGAAGCAGCAGAAGCCGUUGAAGAAAUUGGUGCAGAAAGAGCACAUGUGGGCCCAGACUAUUUACGCUCGGCGGUGGGAGCUGGAAACAUGGGCGAACCUGAACGUAAAUGAACCAAGGUCGUUGGCGAACUUUACUGCUUCGUUGUUGGUGAUCGACCCUGCUAAGCGCCCUUCAGCUCGAACAGCAUUGGAUCAUAAAUUCCUCUCUGAGCAUUUUCCGGACUAA